AUGGCUUGUGAUCCGAAGGUUCUCUGCCCAAAGCCUACCGAUGUGGAUAGAGGUCGAGCAAGGUUAUCAAUGAAACGCAACGUCUUGAUGGAAUUCACGGCAAUUGGGCAACAAUUUAAUUCCGCAACUCUGCCUUUCCCUCUCGUCUCUUAA